ACAAAAGCAGAACCCGUGAACCAAACCCCCUAUCAUUCGUGCACUUCCAGGAGACCUCUGAAGCCAAGGAAAACCCUAGCCCUUCAUCGCCGCCGCCGUCCGCAGGUCCUCAGCGCCGCCGCUGCUUCCUCUUCCCCGUGUCGUUUUCAUCUUCGCUGGCACGUCGUAUUCAUCUUCGCUGGCACGUCGUAUUCAUCUUCCUCUUCCCCAGGUAGCUCGGCACGUCGUUUUCAUCUUCGCUGGCUUCUCGGCACGGAACCCAGGAGUUCUUGGAGUACCCUCAUCUUUGGUCCUUUAUAAUUUAUUUAUUAUUUUAUUCUAAAACGGUUUUUUAGGUUGAACCACCGGUUGGACCGGUUAGACCAAUGAACCAGUGAACCAGUGACUAAAGCGGUUUGAUAACCGGUCCGGUUUUCAGAACCUUGGUUCUCUCCCUCACUUACCCCCUUUGCGUGGUGCCCUAACCCAGAAUCAGAACCCAUCUCACCUCUCUCUUCUCUCGCCACUCUCUCCCUCAAGCUCGCGUCGCCCCCUCAAGCUCGUCGCUGCCUCAAGCUCUCGUCGCCGCUCAAGCUCUGUCGCGCUCUGUCAUAGUUCGUAAGCUCGCCUUCCUGCUUCGGCCAUCAACGCUUCCUCGGCCCUGAGUCUGGGUUUAGGGUUUCAGCUUCGGGCCGGGUCUUCCAUCAACGCUUGCUUCGUUUGUCUGCCUAUUGAAGUGAAGCUUGCUCUCUCUCUCAAUCUCACAUCCUCACUCAGCCUCCGCAGAGCCGCAGAGGCAGUCUCUCUCUCACACUCACGAUUCCGGCUCCUCUGCCUCCUCGUCGCUGCGUCGUCGUCUCGCCUCAGCUUGAUUUCUCUCCUCUCGCCGGCUGCGUCACCGUGCCGCACGCGUCUUCCUCUGCGUCACUGCGCCACUCGCUCGCGUCUUCCGGCUGUGCUUACACUGUUCCGCGGGCCGUAUCUCGGUUCUCUGUCUCCCUCUUCUCUGCGUGCGAUCAAGUUGCAAUGGUUAUCUUUUGCUGAUUUUGACCAUCUCUACCUCGUGCCUCUUCUGGCUUUGGUUCUGUGAUCGGAAUACUGUGACAUUUUAUUGGAAAACCGAGCUUUGGUUCUAUUUCUGGACUUCUGCAGAGCUGCAGAAAGAACAGAGGUUUCACAGAUUCAGAACACCAAAAAUUUCCAUAAAAUAAAAAUAAAACAUUUUUAAUCAACCUUUAGUUUUGAUCGAAUCUGUGAUGCAACUUUUCUUGCAUCAUCAAUGGGUUACCAAUGCGUUCGGUGUAGCUUCCCAAUUAAAUCACUCUACGUUCAGUAUUCCCCCGGCAACAUUCGAUUGAUGAAAUGCGAGAAAUGCAAGGCUGUUGCAGAUGAAUAUAUAGAGUGUGAAAUCAUGAUUCUUAUGAUAGAUUUGAUGCUUCACAAGCAAAAGGCUUAUAGACAUCUUCUGUACAAUGUCCUCAAUCAACAAACAUUGAAGUUUGAGGGGCUACACUGGAAAUUGGCCAUUAUUUAUUUUAUUUUCGAUGCUUGUAUUCAUUCGUAUGUAGAAGCAAGGAACUCAUCUUCAUUAGUGUCAACAUGUUGCAAGGUUCACACAUAUGUGUUCAUGUAUGUCGUCUUUGGGAACUUCAUGUUUCUUCUGACUUUCUUCAUUAUGGUUAAGAUAUUUCUCAAUGCAUCAAUCAACAUCUCCAGAUUCAAUGACCUUUUGCUCACAAUCAUGAUAUCGUAUUACUUCAAGAUUUUUCUUAUUGCUAUGAUGGUCUGGGAAUUUCCGACUUCUGUCAUCUUCAUCAUAGAAUUAUUUUGUUUAUCAUCUAAUGCCGUGGCAUUGAACGUGAUGACUGAAUCGAGUAUGAGUCGAUGUGUUUGGGCCUGCUUCGGUGCAUAUGCUGUAAAGCUUUUUGUCACAAGUUCUAGAUCUCAGAUUUUUAGAGCAGUUGAUAAAAGGGUGGAUCAAAUGUCCUCCUCUUCAUGAUCUUAAUUUAUAUAUUAGUAGCAGAAUUUUGAAGUUAGAAAGUGUAUAUUCAAUUAUCAUAUACUUGUUAAUAGAAAUAGUUUUUUCAGGAUAUAAGAGAUAGAUGAUAUCAAGUUGUGAACACUGCCAUGUCUUAACUUUGUCCAGAAUAAUAUCAAUGAAACAAAGUUUUGAUGCAGAAAGUGAUAUUUUAGAAAUAA